AAUUGAUAUUUUCUCGAGGCCGCGUGGAUAUGGAGGAAGAAUUAGGUUUUUUUCUGGUAAGGGUGAAUGCCGGGCAAUACAGCACCGGUUGAUGUAUUUAUGAAAAGAAGAAAAAUUGUGGAACAUAUCAUCCUUUUGCAAGCCAAGGUGGAUCUAUCAGACAUUGAUGAAAAAUAUAUGCUUGAUUUUAUGUAUACGUCACAAUAUCAUAUGAGCGGAAUCAUUGCUUUAUCACUAGGUCGCGUUGAGGAUUCCAAUGUUGACAACAUCACCCAUGCUGUAUUUAUGCGUUUUCAGAAUAGGGAAGAUCUUGCAAGGUUCUCUGCUAAUCCUCGCUUCUUAGAAGUACUUAAGGAGCAUGUCUUUCCGUACUGCGAUGGAUCACUUUCCAUGGCUUUUGAAUCUAAAGUAGAGGAUGACAUGUUGUCCUUAUUCCGCAGAGGAGAGGAGUUUAACUACGGAGUGGAGUGUGUUUUGCUGAUUUCCGUGUUUGAGGCUUCACUUGGGCAUGCUAUAGAAGAAGCAAUGCUUGCCUUUCAAAACCUUAUGGAUGAAUUUCGAUCUUUAAUUGUACAAGGAACCAUUGGUUCAACUUUCAGUAAUGGCGAUAGUGAAUAUACCCAUGCAGCCAUUAUACGUUUUUAUGAUUUUGAAGCCUUUGACAUGUUUAGAUGCAGCUCUAAAUACAAAAAU